UAAAUUCAGAACACCAUAAAUGUAGGACUUUUACUUUUUUUUUUUCUUUUUUCUUUUACUUUAAUUGUUACAGCAUCAGCCCGAGUUGCCGAUACAAGUAUCACUUACCUUUGUUGAAGUCAACACACAUGAGAAGUAAACAAAAAAAAAAAAAAACCCGAACGGCACUCCCUUUCCAUUUCUUUUCUUUAUAUUCUUCGUCUCCAUCCACAUCUCUACUACUAUAUAUAUGUUGCCAUUCUUGAUCAUAUGCUUCACACUCAAGAGAAGAAAAAACACUGCCAAUAUAUAUUUCUUGAAAAACAAUAUCUGGAUUCUUGAUAAAAAAAAAACAUGGCUAUGAUGACAGUGGCAUCAAAGCAUCUCCCUGAUGAUAUCGUCACUGAUAUCCUCACUAGAUUGCCUUUGAAGUCUCUUGUUCGAUUCAGGUGUGUUUCAAAGCCUUGGCUUAACUUUCUCACUCACUCUAGAUUCCCUUACUGGCUUCUCUUUCGCCAUCUUCACUGCGAUACUCUUAAAGACUGCCCUCAUAACGAGAGCAGUAUCUUUCUCUUUUAUAACAAGAGCAGCAACAGCAGACCUAGCAGGAGAAGAGAAGUGCAAGCAAGUGAUCAAUCUCGUGAUGAUCAAUGUAAGCUGUAUGCUCUUGGCGGUGGAUUUCUUGAAAAUUCUUUCAAGUUUGCUUUCGAGAUUGAUUUUCCUCUUAUCAGAGGAAAAUCUUUCGAAAUCAAGACUGGUUCUUGCCAUGGAAUGUUCUGUUUAUCCAUGGACGGUGAUCAUAAUUAUGGUGAUGAUGCUAAUAGUAACAGUAAUACUCUUGUUUUAUGGAAUCCAUCCAUUCAUGAUUACAAAAUAUUGCCUCUUCCUCAAGAGUUAGGUGUAUGUGCUGGAGUUUGUGGGUUAGGCUUCGAUUCGAGCAUGGAAGACUAUAAAGUGGUGAGUGUUUGUGAUAAACAGGUUCAUGUUUUUUCAGUAAAAAGGAAUUUGUGGAGAAAUCUUGGUGGGUUUGAUUACUCUGUUUUCUAUGAAGCAAUUCCUCUAAAUGGCUGUCUUUACUGGGGUGCUAGCAAGUUUCAUAAAUUCGCAGACCGAAUUUUAUGCUUCAAUUUAUCAGAUGAAACAUUUAGGGAAGUUCCUUCUCCUCCUUUUGAACCAAUCAUACCUCAGUCCAUUUGGUUUUAUGAACAAUUUACAGAGCAGCAGUUUUUUGUUGUGGCGACAGAAUUGAACUUACUGCUUUGGGGAAACUCGCUUUGUGUGUUUCGCCAAUAUGAUCAGACACUUUGGAAAAUGAAGCAAGAGAAGGAAGAAAAUGAUGGUGGAGUGAAAGAGACUUGGAGUCUAUUAAUGACACUUCCCAAGAUCACGAAUCACGAGUCUCAUUUGCGCAAUCAUUAUCGCUUGCAUCCAAAAUGCUUCACCAAGAGUGGCAAACUUGUUCUCUCUGUUAGACGCAAGAGGUUUGUAAUGUAUGAUGGAGUGAAAUUUGAGGACCUUCAUGUUCAAGGCAUGGGAGAGGGCCGCUUUCUCAAGGCUGCUGCUUACUCUGAAAGCCUAAUUUCUCCUGCUAGCAUUCGUGGAAUGAAUGAUAUAGACUAAAAUAUCUUUCACAGUAGGAACAAUAAAGAGUUUUUUUCUUAAAACUCUCCUUUGCCUAUGGCAAUUUAUAGGACUUCAUAUUUAUGUUUUCCUUUUGUGUUUCUGUCUGAAGAUGUAAAACUUACUGUUGGAGAUGUCUGAAGAUCUUCAUCUCCAACAUAAGGUUUUUCUGCUUCUGAAUAUGUUAGCCUGUUAUAGCUGCUUAAGGUAUCUGUAACUUAUUCUAUAUGCAUAUUUUAUUUAUA